AUGACAGAAGAGCAAACUCCUUUGAAACUAGAUUUUAAAUCUGAUGAAUUGGCUGGUGCUCCCUCAAUUUCUUUGUCUUCAUCAAUUGUUUCCGAUCAGGAAAAUACUUUAUUACCAGAAGUUUCUUUUGCUCCAGAGGCAAUCAAUGGAAUCAUCAUUGACUCACCAAGAAAUAACAGCGAAAGCCAACCACUAUUGGGAAGGAUGGAGUCCCAUCCACAAUAUAAUCAUUUCCCAGAUGAUCCUGCAUUUUCUGACCUUGUUCGCACUGCAGAGCUAGCAAUAGAUAAUGGGAUCUACCCAGAAAGGAUAUAUCAAGGAUCAAGUGGAAGUUACUUUGUUAAAAACAUUUCUGAGGAGAUAAUUGGAGUAUUUAAGCCAAAAGAUGAAGAGCCUUAUGGAAGACUGAAUCCAAAAUGGACAAAGUGGAUGCAUAAGCUUUGUUGUCCAUGUUGCUUUGGCCGAGAAUGUCUAGUCCCUAAUCAAGGAUAUUUGUCUGAAGCUGGGGCAAGCCUUGUUGACCAAAAACUUGGGCUUGGUGUUGUUCCUAAAACAAAGGUUGUUAAGCUAGUGAGUGAGACUUUUAAUUACCCUCGUAUUGAUCGCGGAAAAUCCCACAUCAAGCAAACAAUAAAUGAUCAUUUUCCACGCCUUGGAAAACAUUUCAAUAGACUAGGUCUAGAACCAAAGGUUGGCUCAUUUCAAAUGUUUGUAAGUGGCUUUAAGGAUGCUGAAUACUGGUUAAGACAUUUUGAAGUUGAACCACUUACUGGUAGUGCUGCCAAAAAGUUUCAGUCCCAAUUUGAACGAUUAGUGGUUCUGGAUUAUAUCAUUAGGAAUACCGAUAGAGGUAAUGAUAACUGGCUUAUUCGAUACAAUCCACCAGUUGUUAGAUCUCAGCCACGACCAUCCAUCCAUCAGGCACAGGAGCUAGAGGAAGCUACAGAAUGGGAUGGAGAGAAAGCAGAUAUAAGGAUAGCUGCUAUUGAUAAUGGUCUCGCAUUCCCUUUCAAACACCCUGAUUCUUGGCGUGCUUACCCUUACCACUGGGCUUGGCUUCCACAAGCCAAGAUUCCCUUUUCUCAAGAGAUUAAGGACCUAGUCCUGCCUUUAUUAAGGGAUAAUACUUUUGUGCAAGAUCUCUGUUACGACUUAUACCAUCUUUUUAAGGAGGAUAAAGGUUUCGAUUGUCAUUUAUUUGAGCGUCAGAUGUCAGUUAUGAGGGGGCAAAUAGAAAACUUGAAAGCUGCACUUUUGGAAAACAAAAGUCCUGUUCAAUUAGUACAGAUACCUGCCAUUACUGUUGAAAGAGAGAAAGGCCAUGUUGGUACAACGUCACGCUUCCGUUCAUUUAGCCAAACAUUUACCCAGACUGUGCAGAAAAAAAGUCCAUUUUUUUCAUGGUGCUGA